UUACCAGUUCAUAUAAAUCCCCUCCCCCAAUAAAGAUUUCAUUUUAUCUGAUCCUUGAAGCAUACAUUCAAUGGCAUCUACUUCGGCAUCAUCGGUUCAAAAGAGGUUCAAGUAUGAUGUCUUUUUGAGUUUCAGGGGUAAAGACGUCCGCAAAAACUUUGUUGAUCAUCUCUAUCAUGCUCUUCGGCAGAAAGGCGUCAUCACAUACAAAGAUGAUGAAAGAAUCGAGAAAGGGAAAAGGAUCAGUGAUCAGCUCAUCACAUCUAUUGAAGAAUCCAGAUUUCACAUAAUUGUUUUCUCCAAGAACUACGCGUCUUCAUCUUGGUGCUUAGACGAACUCGUCAAUAUAAUGAAAUGCCAGAAGAUGAUGGAGCAGACCGCUUACCCCGUGUUCUAUGAUGUGGAACCCACUGAAGUCCGCAACCAAAGUGGGGCAGUUGGAAAAGCCUUUGCCAAACAUGUAAGGGGCAGCUGUAGCUCUGUUCUACCUCUCGACUGUCUUUGUCCUAUUGUACCAUCUUCAUUUAACGGAUUUACAGUAAAUCGGGAAAAGGAAGAUGAUGUUGGUAGAUGGAGAAAUGCUCUGAAAGAAGCAGCCGGACUGGCUGGGAUGGAGUUGAAGAACACUUUUAAUGGGCAUGAAGCUAGAAUUGUCCAACAAAUUGUUCAAGACAUUUCACUAAAGCUACGUUUCAUUAACUUGAGCGCUGAUGGGAAGUUAGUAGGCAUGGAAACCCGGGUAAAGAAUGUAGUUUCAUCUUUAGAAACUGGCUCUGAUGAGGAUAUUCGCAUGAUAGGGAUCAAGGGGAUAGGAGGUGGUGGGAAGACCACUUUGGCGAGAGCUAUUUUUGAUCAUAUAUCCAUUUGGUUUGAAGGUAAAAGCUUUGUUGAGAAUGUCAAAGAAGUUUCCAAGGGCUCUGGUUUGAAGGAAUUGCAAAAACAGAUACUUUUAGAUGUGUUAAAUGAACAAAGCAUUGUAGAAAGUGUUUGUGAAGGAAAAAAUAAGAUGAAAAAAUUGAUGCAAGGUAAAAAGGUGCUUGUAGUUCUAGAUGACGUGGAUCAUAUAAACCAGCUUGAGGCGUUAGCAGGUGAUAUUACUUGGUUUAAGCCAGGAAGUAGAAUCAUCAUCACAACAAGAGAUGAGCAAGUGUUGGUAGCUCAUGGAGUUCAUAGUUACAAUAUUCAUGAUGUGAGUCUGCUAUCACAUGAGGAAGCAAUUUGCCUCUUCAGUAGGUAUGCACUUAUGAGGGUGAUUCCAAAUCAAGGGUAUGAAGAGCUAUCAAGAAAAGUUGUAAAUUAUGCUGCUGGUCUUCCCUUAACAAUCAAAGUUUUGGGUUCACAUCUUUGCGGUAGAAGUGAACGUGAAUGGGAAGAUGCCUUAGAAAGACUAAAAACAAUUCCGUUGCAGGAAACUUUGGAGAUACUGGAACUAAGCUACAAUGGUCUAGAGAAUGAUCAGAAAGAAAUAUUCCUAGAUGUUGUAUGCAUACUGAAAGGUGAAAUGAAAGACGAAGCAAUCAGAAUACUUGAAAGCUGUGGGUUUAGGGCUCAUAUUGGUUUAAGCGUACUUGAGCAGAAAUCUUUGAUAACUGUUUCUAGUACUGAUGGUUUACGCUUCCAUGACCACAUUGAAGAGAUGGGUUGGAAUAUUGUUCGUCGUUUGCACCCUCAUGAGCCUAGCAGACAUAACCGAUUAUGGAUUAAAGAGGAAAUUGAAGAUAUAUUGGUUAAUGAAUUGGGUACUGAAGCAACAAGAAGUAUAAAACUGAAGAAUACGGAUCUAAAUGUAGCAAUUAUUGUGAAAGGUCUUAAAAAGAUGAAGGAACUCCGGUUUCUUUCCUUGAGUCCUAGAUACGGAAAAUGGAAUGUUGAUGGAGAUAGCCAAUACUUACCAGAUGCUUUACAAUCUCUAAAUUGGCGUGGAUACCCUUUUCGGUCUUUACCUAAAAUGUUUCGAGCAAAUAAGCUCGUUAACCUUGAAAUGGUUGCAAGCAAUAUAUUUGAGCUGUGGGAAGAAGGAGAAAGAAAGGUUCUUAAUAAGAUCAGAUUUAUUGACCUCACAUGUUCAGAGUUGAGAACCUUUGACCUUAGUAUGACUCCACAUCUCGAGAAGUUAAAUCUACAAGGAUGUUACGGCCUUUUCGAACUUCACAUGCCAGUUGAAUGUCCAAAGCUCAAAUUUCUUAACCUAUGUGGCUCUAAGGUGAGGAAGUUUAACAUUAGUCUAGCUCUGAGUCUCGAGACCUUAGUUCUUCAUGGAUGUAAAGAAUUUGAAGAACUCUGCUCGCCCGUUGAAUGUCCGAACCUCAAAACCCUCGAUCUUUUUAUGACUAAGUUAAGAAACCUUACCCUCGGGAUGACUCCAAAUCUUGAGGAUUUAAAUCUUAGAGAAUGCUAUGAGUUUGUAGAACUCCGCUUGCCCGUUGAAUGCCCCAAACUCAAAUCCCUCAAUCUUAGUGUUUCUAGGGUGACUAACCUUAACCUUGAAAUGACUCCACAUCUUGAGACGCUAGAUCUUUCUGAAUGUAAGUAUUUUGUAAAACUUCAAUUGCCUGUUCAAUGUCAGAAGCUCAAAUCCCUCGAUCUAACUGGCUCUAAGGUGAGUAAGCUCAACCUUGGGAUGACUCCACAUCUCGAGAUGUUAGAUCUUUCUAGAUGUAAGGAAUUUGUAGAACUCCAAUUGCCCGUUGAAUGUCCGAAUCCGAACCUCAAAUCCCUCAAUCUUAGUGGUUCUAAGGUGAGUUACCUUAACCUUAGGAUGACUCCGCAUCUUCAGACACUAGAUCUUUCUAAAUGUGAUUUAUUUGUAGAACUCCACUUGCCCGUUGAAUGUUCACACCUUAAAUCGCUUGAUCUUAGUGGUUCUAAGGUGAGUAAGCUCAACCUCGGGAUGACUCCACAUCUUGAGACGUUAGAUCUUUCUAGAUGUAAGGAAUUUGUAGAACUCCAAUUGCCCGUUGAAUGUCCGAAUCCGAACCUCAAAUCCCUCAAUCUUAGUGGUUCUAAGGUGAGUUACCUUAACAUUGGGAUGACUCCACAUCUUCGGACACUAGAUCUUUCUAAAUGUGAUUUAUUUGUAGAACUCCACUUGCCCGUUGAAUGUUCACACCUUAAAUCGCUUGAUCUUAGUGGUUCUAAGGUGGGUAAGCUUAACAUUGGGAUGACUCCACGUCUCCAGAACUUACAUCUUUCUAGAUGUAAGGAAUUUAUGGAACUCCAAUUGCCCGUUGAAUGUCCGAAUCCGAACCUCAAAUCCCUCAAUCUUAGUGGUUCUAAGGUGAGUAACCUUAACCUUGGGAUGAUUCCACAUCUGGAGACGUUAGAUCUUUCUAAAUGUAAGGAAUUUAUAGAACUCCAACUGCCUGUUGAAUGUCCUAACCUCAAAUCCCUUGAUCUUAGUGGUUCUAAGGUGAGUAACCUUAACCUUGGAAUGACUCCGCAUCUUCAGAGGUUGGAUCUUGAAGGAUGUUACUGUCUUGAAAAAAUUCACGCUCCAGUGGGAUGUCUUAAACAGCUUGCCUACUUAAACUUAACUGGUAGUUUGAGGUUUAAAUAUUUUUUGUUUAAUAAAUGUUCUCAAUUACCUGGUUCUGAUUCUGCGCCUACAUUAGAACUAACUGCGGAGUCCCUUGAUAUAUGUCCACUGCAUCCCAACAAUAAUUUUCCAAAGUUUCAGUUGCAAUGUAAAUAUGUUGAACCUGUAUCCUCAUGGAGUGGAAAUGUUGAGAUGCUACUUUCUUUUGGUGUAUGUGCUUGUACAAACCUUGACUCCUUUUCAGCAAGCAUAUGUGGUUUACAACGUUUAGGAAAGCUUACACUUGAAGGUAGUAUUCCUGAGGUGCCCAAGGAUCUGUACCAGUUAGAAAGUCUAGAGGCGUUAACCUUGUGCAUGAAAAAGAUUACGCAUCUUCCAGAUAGCAUUAGUAUGAUGAAACAACUAAAAUCUCUUACACUUAAAUCUUGUUGGCUUCUGGAGCAGUUACCUAAGGAUCUAGGCAGAUUAGAGUGUUUAAAGGAGCUAAGCCUAAUGGAUUGUAUCCAAUUAAGAGAUAUUCCGCACAGCAUCCGUAACAUGAAAUGUUUAAGGCGCCUAUAUUUCUCCUAUUGUAGUCAAGUUAAGGAACUGCCAGAGGAACUUGGACGUUUAGAAUGUGCUAGCACAAACCUUGGGUCUUUUUUGGCAAGCAUUUGUGGUUUGCAACAUUUAAGAGAGCUUACACUUGAAGGCGGUAUUCCUGAGGUGCCCAAGGAUCUGGGCCGGUUAGAAAGUCUAGAGGAGCUAACUUUGUCGAUGAAAGAGAUUAAGCAUCUUCCAAAUAGCAUUUGUAUGUUGAAACGUCUAAAUUCCCUUAACCUUAGACAUUGUUGGCUUCUGGAGCAGUUACCUGAGGAUCUUGGCAGAUUAGAGUGUUUAAAGAAGCUAUACCUAUCUGGUUGUAGAGGAUUAAGAGAUAUUCCGGACAGCAUCAGUAACAUGAAAUGUUUAGAACAAUUAUACCUAUCUAAUUGUACGGGCAUAAAUCGUCUUCCGCAAAGCAUACAUCAAUUGAAAGGUCUGCGUAUUUUUGGGUCUAGAGAGCAGCUUCAGUCGUAUGGUUUUAAAUCCUUGACAGAAAUUUUUGGCUCCUACUACGUAGUUCUGUGAAUAACAUAGGCACUCACAACAUGAAUAUCCUGAGGGGUGAUUUAAAUUCAGAAUCCAGCAUAAUGAUAAAUCAAUAAUCUUCGAGAGAUUAAUCAGAGUGCAUGUGAUUACAACAAGUGCCGUACUACCGUUUUCCCCAAAUCAAGAGUGUUGCUGAUUAUAUAUGGCACAAAUUGGGUAGACAAUGAAAAAAAUACAGAUGAUUCGGGGGGAAAGGUUUUUCAGUGACAAAGAUGCCCUUCUCCUUUGCUCUCGUCGAAGUUUUGUGUGGAUGUGGCCCGGUUCGGUUCGGUUCGAGACCAAAGUUGACGACGUUCCUCAGUCAUAAGUCAUACGACCCGGCAAUUCGCGAUACGAGAACGAAGAUUAAGCAUGAUGAUGCCACAAACAUAAAUUGAAGUUUGCAUGGAUGUCACAAGGUUUCUUUGUCUGUGCAUGAAAUUAACCUUCACAAAGAACUUGUUUGUUUAUAACAGCACACGAAAGACCAUGUAUUCUUCGUAGGCUUUAGCUGCUCGGAGAAGUGGAAUCAUGAAGCAUGGAGGCCACGAAGAAUGUUAUUCGUAGACUUGGUUUUUCGUUACAAAUCACUACUAGAGAAAUAGGCAUUUGCUACGGCCAAAUUCGUAGCAAAUCCGUUGCAAACACCCAUUUUGCUACAGAAUUGCUACAGAUUUGGUCCGUAGCUACAAGUCUCGUCGCUAAUUUAUUUGCUACCAACUUUAGCUACGAACGUCAUAUUCGCGACAACUUUUGCUACAUAAAAAGUCGUCGCCAUUUUUAGCCACAGAUUUGCUACGGAAAAGGUUGCUACAAAAUUUUGCUAUAGAUUUUUAGCUACGGAGGUUUUUAGCUACAAAAUCUUUAGCUACCGAGAUUUUUAGCUAUGAACUUUGCAACUGAUUUUGAGCUACGGAGUUGUUUUUGCUACAAAUGUUUGAUACUGAAAUUUGCUAUGUUUUUGCUAUCAUUUUUGCUACUAAUUUUAGCUACCAUUUUUGCCACGGUUUUAGCUACAAGUUGGUUAGCGACAGAAUGUUAGGUGUGAAGCUUGUUACAAAUUUUACCUACUAAGUUUGCUAGGCAGUAUUUGCUACAGAUUUGGCUUUGGUUCUUUGA